AGUGGCAAUUGUAACAAUUGUUAGAUAUUAGUGUAAGAUACAUAGGGUCGCACUCGUCUCUGUCGACAUUGCGGGGUCUGCUUACAGUGUCUAGCUUAGUCUAAACUUUUACGGUUUUAGUGUAAAUAUUAACUAGUCCAUUACUGUAGCCACUUAGCAUUUAAAGUGGGUCUACCUCCAAUGAAUAAUGGAAUUUAUAAUGAUCCUACCUGAAGCUUUGGUAAGAAUGACAGCUAUCAAUCAUUGUAAAUACAGUAAGCUGUUAAAAACUAAACAAAAACCGUUAGCAGUACAGUUUGCUUAUGUUACUGUACUUAUGAGUAUGCACAAUUUGGUUCAGCACACCAUGCUUCCAUACAUAGUUGUAACUAUGGUUAUUAAUAUGUCUCUGUUAUUUUAGAUGAGCACCAAGCCUAAGAGCAAAUAAAUCCAUGGAGAUGGAGAGUGGAUUGCGAGGCUUGGGCAUUUGCUGGCUCAGGGGUUUGGCCUGCUGGAGGAGGCAAUAGACCUGCCCCAAGGCAGCGGAAAUUGCAUGACCUCUAUCAAAAGAUUGAGAAAUGCCCCAUGCAGACUCGUGGACAGACCGCCCUAUUUGGAAGGUCCAUGGUCUGUAAUUGUGGAUUCCAUGCUGUUAAGACUGCCACUCAGCUACCUCAGGCACCACAGUCUGUGGCUUCAGACUUGUCCACUGGUGCUGCAGCCCAGCCUUCUUUCCUGCAGCCCCCUCUGAGUGUGGCAAUGUUCACUAAAUCAGUAAACUGUGGUGGGUCACAGUCUGCCUCAGUGAAGCCCAAUAUUGUAGCAAGGAAGACCCCCAGCCCUGCUUCUCCUCCAUCCUCUGUGAGGACCCCCAGCCCUGCUCCUCCUCUAUCCUCUGUGAGGACCCCCAGCCCUGCUCCUCCUCUAUCCUCUGUGAGGACCCCCAGCCCUGCUCCUCCUCUAUCCUCUGUGAGGACCUCCAGCCCUGCUGUUAGCGCCAGCCUGGAAGUAGCCACUCCGACCCACUCCCCCCUGCUAAUGUGCGCCUUCCAUCUGCGCUCCCCCACCCAGGCCCGGCUCUCCAGUACCAACUACCCUGCAGCACCGUGGGCCAGGCACGGUUGAAGAGAAAGGUCCCGUCCACAGAUGUGACACCGGUGGCUAUAAAGAUGCAUGCCCAGCGUCAGCUCUUCCCUGCUCCACCCUCGGCCCCUCGUCUGUUGGUGCUGGCUCCGGUGACCUCACAGGUGCCUGUCUUCAUUGCUGCUCCACAGGCCCUGGGAGGUAUCUUCCCUGCACCUCCUGCUCCGGUCCGAAAACUAACCCGCCAUGUACCCCACAACACGUGCAAGAAAUGCGGGCAGUUCAGGACAGCCCAGACUGGACACAGUCAGUACAAAGGGACCGUGUACUGCCCCUCUGUAGAGGCUGUUCCCAAGGAGCAGUGGUUGGAGGACAUGAAAAAAAUAUAGAUGCCCCUCUACCCCCCUCCCAGAGGCAUGGACGCUGGGCUAGUGCUCCUCUAUCCCCCUCCC